UAUGGAAACGUCAGAGGAAGAAACGGCCGGGACGCACGCAAGCGCAGCAACAGGAACGUCAGCGUGCGCGAUGCUGAUGCUGACGCUCGCCUUUCCCUUUCCCUUUCCCCGGUUUGCGCCGCCCCCACCUCAGCAACCAGCUCUCGCCUGAAUCCUAUAGCUCCCUCCCACCCCCGGAGUAGACAGCGACCGGCCGAUCGACCCCCAAACCCUCUGCCGAUUCAAGUUGGAGGCCUCCUCCGCUGCACUGGGCCGGCGAUCUCGUUGCCUCCCUCACUCUGUCCACAGGAUUUGGCCAGUGAAUAUGGAUGGGAACAACAGAGGAGGUGGACAUUCUGAAGUGUUAAAGAACUACAAUCUAGGCAAAACAUUAGGUUUAGGAACAUUUGGAGAUGUGAAGGUUGCAGAGCAUAAGCUUACGGGACAGAGAGUUGCUAUAAAGAUUCUGAACCGUCGUAAAAUGGAAACUAUGGAAAUGGAAGAGAAAGCAAAUAGAGAAAUCAAGAUAAUGAGAUUGUUCAUUGACUUCAUUCACCCUCAUAUCAUCCGGGUUUAUGAGGUCAUAGAGACACCUAAGGAUAUAUUCGUUGUGAUGGAAUAUUGCAAUAAUGGCGAGCUAUUGGACUACAUUAUUGAGAAUGGCCGGUUACAGGAGGAUGAGGCUCGUCGAAUCUUCCAGCAGAUUUUAGCUGGUGUUGAAUACUGCCACAGAAUAAUGGUUGUUCAUCGUGAUCUAAAGCCAGAAAACCUGUUACUUGAUUCCAAAUAUAAUGUGAAACUUGCUGACUUUGGGUUAAGUAAUGUCAUGCGUGAUGGCCAUUUUCUGAAGACUAGCUGUGGGAGUCUAAACUAUGCUGCACCAGAGAUUAUCUCAAGUAAAUUAUACGCUGGACCUGAGGUUGAUGUUUGGAGCUGUGGGGUGAUACUUUAUGCUCUUCUUUGUGGCUCUGUUCCAUUUGAUGAUGACAAUAUUCCUAGCCUGUUCAGAAAGAUAAAGGGAGGUACUUAUAUCCUUCCAAGCUAUUUAUCUGAUUCUGCAAGGGAUUUGAUCCCAAAAUUGCUUAAUAUUGAUCCAAUGAAGAGGAUCACAAUUCAUGAAAUUCGAGUCCACCCAUGGUUUAAGAAUCACCUUCCUUGCUACCUGGCAGUACCUCCCCCAUAUAAGGAGCAGCAAGCCAAAAUGAUUGAUGAAGAUAUCCUCCGAGAGGUUGUCAACCUAGGAUAUGAUAAAGAUCAUGUGUGUGAAUCGCUGUGGAAUAGGCUGCAAAAUGAGGAAACUGUUGCAUAUUACUUGCUCUUGGACAAUCGGUUCCGAUCUACUAGUGGCUAUUUGGGGGCUGACCACCAACAUCUCAUGGAUAGGAGUUUUAAUGAGUUUACCUUAUCGGAAUCGGCAAGCCCAAGUACCAGGAAUUAUCUUCCAGGAAUCAAUGAUUCUCAAGGUGGUGGCUUACGGCCAUAUUACCCUGUACAAAGGAAAUGGGCUAUUGGGUUGCAGUCCGGAGCUCACCCUCGUGAUAUAAUGAUUGAGGUUCUAAAGGCACUUAAGGAAUUAAAUGUCUGCUGGAAGAAGAAUGGACUCUACAACAUGAAAUGCAGGUGGUGCCCUGGGUUUCCUCAGGUCAGCGAUAUGUUGUUAGAUUCCAACCACAACUUUGUUGAUGACUCUACCAUCAUGGAUAAUGGCAAUGCUGAUGGGAGGCUACCCGCCGUAGUCAAGUUUGAAAUCCAGCUUUACAAGACCAAGGAUAACAAGUACCUGCUAGAUAUCCAGAGAGUUACUGGACCUCAGCUCCUUUUCCUGGAAUUUUGUGGGGCGUUCCUUACCAACCUUAGGGUUCUAUAAUGCUUGUUAUGGUUGAGUGGAGAAUAUCAGAACUUACGACUGUCCCAUAUGUGUGGUGCGGUUCAUCUUACCAACCUUAGGGUUCUAUAAUGCUUGUUAUGGUUGAGUGGAGAAUAUCAGAACUUAUGACUGUCCCGUAUGUGUGGUGCGGUUCAUCGCCGCAAUAGUGAAUAAGUGAUGUUGUGUAAAUA